AUAUAGUUGGCUGAAAACAGUCAGCCGACUUUUCGCUAGGAUAAACCGCAAAAAUUGCCUUUAUGUUAUCGGUUUAUUCAAGAAAUAACUAUGUAACAACUUAUGUUCGUCCACCAAACCCACAAAUUGCUUAAUUGCUACUACAGCAAUCGUCUAACCCGUUUAAAAGUACCUCUCUUUACUUCAUCAUGCUCUUAUGUUCCGAGAUAAGGCUAAACGGACCUCAUUUGAACGUAUCGCAAAGUUAAUGCCCAUGUCUAAGUCUCCUUUCCUUCCUCCCUGUGCACGAUUGAAGACGAUUCAAAUCCAGACAGUUAUUGUAUCUCUGUUCAAUGGUCCCUGAAAAAUGGAAAUUAUUGUGAAAAAGAUACGUCUCUCGUCCAGUUGUACAUUCCAGACGUUGACCCCGAGCACGUGAUUUUGACCUUCUAUGCGGUAAACAAACCGAUAAUACUAUUUGCAUGGCUCACGCAAUUGAUCAAGAGUGUUGUAGUAAUCAGCCGAAUGUGAAGAAAUGGAAAUUGUCUGAUUCUGUCGACUCCGAGUUCGUCGAGCACGACUCUGAUCUUCAUUGGUGCUCUCAUCGGGUGGAAAUCGCUCAUGCGACUCUGACCUCAACUCCAUUGCCAGUGGAAAGCCGCUUGAAGGUCAAGAAAAUAAAGAUGGAUGGACCAGAAGAUAAUAGUCUUUUCUUACCAAAGGAAAACACCAAGAAACAUAUGAGAGGAUGUAAUGAUUUCAAGCGGAUUUCUCGAUACCUGGAGGGCUGUAAGAAGCCUGAUAGCCCGUACGCUUAUUUUGUAUGUUUCUGUGGAUUUCUGUGUAUUUUGAUCGCCGUUGGCUGUUCGUAUUCCUACGGUAUUCUAUUCCCAGUGCUACUGCACGAAUUCAAAGAAGGAAAAGCCAAGACAGUACUGUCAAGAACGUGGGAUUGACGCAAACCGCGCAUCCAUGAUGUACUUUUGGAACGGAAUAGUGACAGUUAGUUUGAGAGCCUUGACGGGCUUCGUGUGUGACAGGAACAAAUUAUAUCCAAGGCUAAUUAUGCAAGUGGCUGUGUUCAUUGCCGGGGCAACUGCAGCCCUAACCACCUUAACGAAGUCGUACAACCAAUUGUUGGCCUGUUUUGUCGCCUACGCUGUUGCCGACGGAGCUAUAGUCUCUUCAAUGAACAUCUUAGCUCUGGGAACACUUUCCACAAAACAACGCUCUCAGGGAUUUGGAUUUUUCCAUUUCUGCAUUGCGAUCGCUUUAGCAGUGGGUCCUCCUUUUGGGGGUUUUCUAGCUGACUUAUCUGGAUCAUAUUCUCUCACGUUCUAUGUGACAGGAGCAUUUCACAUCUUGGCUGGUUGUAUUUUGUUCUUGUCCUGCUAUGUUACAAGUCCCAAUGUCGCCCAAGAGAACUCUAAAAAACUUUCACGACAAGAACAAUUUCUAAUUGUUGACGUUGUCACGGUACUAUGAUUGUUUGCACUGAAAAUGAAGCUCUAACCGGAGAGAGAAUCCUUUAGUAAAAAAAGCCUAACU